GCUCAGGGAAAGGGGCUGCACCACAGGGCGGUGGGCAUGGCACUCCGUGGCUUUCCUUCAGGUCAGCAAUAACGGCAUUAUGUGGCUGAGCUGGUUUGGCCAGGCAGGCAUCAGGCACCUAUUAGUGGGUCUGUGUGCGCGGCAUGGCCCUGCGUACCAGAAGGUGACCUGCUAAUUUUGUUAUAGUCGUGUGAUCUAUGGAUUAGUGAUACUAAAAGUAAAACUGCGCUGCCUUCGAGAUAAGCCUGCCGAGUAGUAAACAUGUGGGGUCACCUCAGCUGCUCUGCAGAAGCGGUUUCUUACGCAAAGGGAGACACUUAGGCAGGUCAGGGCCCCAGCCACAAGAAGGACAUGGAGUGGGUCCAGAGGGGCACCUCUCCUAUGGAGAGAGAGUCUGAGGGAGUGUGGAUUGUUCCAGCUGGAGAAGGGAAAGCUCCAGGGAGAUCUCAUUGCCUUUCAGCUCUUAAAGUAGCCCACAGGAGAGCCGGAGAGGGAUUCUUCAUCAGGGAGUGCAGUGACAGGACAAGAGGCGAUGGCUUUAAACUGAAAGAGGGGACAUUUGGGUUAGGUUUACUGUGGAGAAAAGGCUGAUGGUGAUUUGAUGAUCCUGCACUGAGAAGGUAGAUAGCUAUAAAUACACAAGAUGGUUUUACCCCUGCUACUACAUCCCAUUCAGUCCUUCAGAAAAGUGAAAGCUAAUCUGUUUCCUUCUGAUUUUUUCUUUAAUGUCAUAUAAAUGCAUGUAAAGUGUGUGCUGUGGGUGCAGGGGUUUCAAGCAGCUGCUAUUGGUUGUUGUUAUUGGACUUGGUGUUUCCAUGCCUGGAGGAAGGCAGGGCAACAGCUGCAUGUUUUUUUGGGGAAAAUACGUUAAUGUGGCACUGACAGAACAAGAUAUGUUAAUGAGAUAUUGAUGUGUAAGAUACUGACUUGGUGGAAUUUGCUGAUGAGACAUUGACCAUCCCACUGUUGUACUCAGGCAUGGCACAAACCAUGCCUGCAGUGGCUGCAGGAGGCAGUGGCCACACUGUGCUCCGGGUUCACUCUGGCUCCCUGCACAUGGAGUUUAAUUGUAAUCAUAAUGCAUUAUAGUGAUCUAUCAGACAUAUUUAAGGCCCGGAAAUGAAAGAUAUAUACCACUUCACUCACUUGUUUAUUGCCCAUGAAACAAAGCAUGCUAAGAUGUAAAACACGGUAGAGUUCCUUUCUGGAGCACACACAUGCAGUAGGAAUAUGCCUCUCCAUAGGCUGAAAAAUCACAAAAUGCUGUGGCAAGUACAGAUGUUUGCCCAAGCAGCUUCCACAUGAAGCUUGUGAGCAUCUUCUUUAUCUGCAUCCAAAUACCUAGUGAUAAUCUGCUUGUGUAAAAGAUUAUCGUAACAAAAAAUGCUUGGUCCAAGGAGCGUUCAGCUGCUCUGCGUGCUGGCAGCCACUGGCAGUCUUGAUGAGCCUCUCAGUGUUGCAGAAGGCUGUUGUGCGAUCAGGUUUGGUAGCCUGGAGAUUGGAAGGCAAAACUCAAAAGAUCUUUAAGCCUUCAGGAAGGCCAGGCAUUAUACCUCACUCAUGCAUAAGUACCUGAACAUUUUUCCAUAAGGGAAGACUAUCUGCAAGCACAGUUAUAACCCCCAGAGUAGAACACGCAGAUCUGGUUGGAGCAGGCUCAGCAAUUCUGCUGCGUAGGCACAGCUGUAAAUCACAAUAGUACAUGAGGAGGAGCUGAAGGAGAUGAGGCAAAAAAAGUGGUGCCAGACAUUUCCCAAGGACAGCCUGGAGGAGGGAUCCAGGACCAUGGAUCUAGCUUGGAUCCAUUUGCUUCUGCUUGCAAGAAAGGGGAGACUGAGAGACUACAACAUGCAAAUAAAACCUUUUUCUCCAAACAUCACGAGUAGCAAUGACUUAGGAAUAACUAUAUGUAAGAAUAAGAAAUUUAGAUGCCACGUUCCCUGGACAGCAAAUAACUGCAGGAGUUGUGGUCAGGGCUUAAGAGCAUCCCCAGCAUCCUGCACAGAGAGGGUAGGGCACAAGGAAACCACAGAGGGUGUUGACAAAAGAUUAGGACAAAGGCAACCAGAAGGCAGAGCAGCUCGUGUCACUAAUGGUGGCAUGUUUUUAUCUUGUCCUGCAGAGUGCCCCUACCACAAACCCCUCGGCUUUGAGUCUGGCGCUGUCACCCCUGACCAGAUCAGCUGCUCCAACCCCGAGCAGUACACAGGCUGGUACUCCUCAUGGACAGCCAAUAAGGCCCGCCUCAACGGCCAAGGCUUUGGGUGCGCCUGGCUCUCCAAGUACCAGGACAACGGGCAAUGGCUGCAGAUCGACCUGAAGGAGGUGAAGGUGAUCUCAGGGAUCCUCACACAAGGGCGCUGUGAUGCUGAUGAGUGGAUGACCAAAUACAGCGUGCAGUACCGCACUGAUGAGAACCUCAACUGGGUUUACUACAAGGACCAGACCGGAAACAACCGGGUGGGUGGACCCUGUGCUUUGCCUUGUAGUGGUGGUCGCAGGGGUGCAUUUGAUGACAUAAAAGUCUUGGGGGAGGCGGCCUAAGGGAGGGGAGCCUGUGUGAAAAGCAGGGUGGAUGGGGCCUGUUGCUUACCCAUGGCACACAGCGGUCCAGCCCCAUGGCCAUCAUGCUGUCAUGGUGACAGCGUGCAAUGCUGAUCAGCCCCUGAACUGUGUCUGCCUCUGCCUCUCUUGGCAGGUUUUCUAUGGCAACUCGGACCGGUCAUCCUCAGUGCAGAACCUGCUGCGGCCGCCCAUUGUGGCCCGCUACAUCCGCCUCAUCCCGCUGGGCUGGCACGUGCGCAUUGCCAUCCGCAUGGAGCUCCUCGAGUGCCUGGGCAAAUGUGGCUGAGUGCCCACUGGGUAGAGAUGUGCAGGUGUGUGCCUGUAUGGCCGUCCCAUCUCACUGCUGAUGUGUGCUGCGGCCACGAUCCUGCUGACCCUACAAACAGAAGGGCUUUCAUGAAUAAAACACUGCUUUACAUGACACCUGGUGAUACGGCUAAACCCUACUCCAACAGCUUACUGUUUUUCAGGGGGCACACACCAGCAAAGCUGGGGUGGUUUGUUACCAUGGCUUCUGUCCCAUGAGAUACAGUGUUUCUGAUCCUGGGACCUAGACUAGGGACAAGGUCCUGAUCCUGGGUGCUAGAUAUCAUAAUGGCAUGCUGUGUGCAUGGGAAGUAGACUUGUGCUCCAAUUUCCAUGACUGCCUCACCCUCCAUGGCCUAGUCCCCAGUGGGUGCUGUGUUUGUGCAGGUGUGGGCUCAGCCAUCAGCAGAGGGGGCCCAAAGAGGGGGCAGGAGCCAUGGUGUUCUUGGGGUGAACACAAGUUCUGCCUUUGCCCUUUCUCCCAGUUCUCUAGGAUUUUCCUUUCCUGCAACAGAGGCAAAACAAACCCAUACCAGUAGUGCAAGGUUGGGUUUUCUGGCCAUCCAUCGCUUCACUCCUUUGACAUAUUGCUCAGGUAGAUUUUGAGGGUAACCAACAUCUUGCAAGGAAUUUGGGGCAUAUGGCAGUCUGAAAACUUGUGCUCCACUAUCCUAACUAGGAGGUGUGUGGGACCCUAUCUACUGAAAUUAUUAUGUCACCAUUGCACUCACGCUUUCAUCCACAAAAUGAGUUUUGUCUAUCCAUAAUGAGUUGAGGGACACAUUUUCUUAAUGAGAGUGCUCCUGAAUAAUUUGUUUGAGCUUUCAAGCUUCAUCCACAGCCUAAGUGGAUGGACCACAUGCCCUUAUAUUCCAAGAUAAUUUAUUUAGCAUCUCACGACUGAUACUAUAUUUAGAUAUAAGAGUCAGAGGAAGGAAAGACUGCCCAGGCAACAAGGGUUUGUGCCAUCACUCUCCCUGCUCCCAGCUUUAAACAGGACGCUAGACUCCUUUUCCAGGCUGAAGUGUACAGUGAUAAAUAGGUGGAACUAACUGGCACACACUAAAUUUCAUGGUUCGUUUGUGUCCUGCCUCACCCUGUCCUUUGCCUGCACCUCACCUCCCAGCCUGGAUGGGGAAGAGCCCCUGCUGCCAGCUUUUCUCUUUUAUUUUUAAUGUUCUAAAGCAGACGUUUCUGCUCACAUCUAAGCUGUACCACUUGCCUGCUAAUCGACCUUUGGAAAUUCACUUAACCUCUGCCUCUUAUCUAAAAAGCGGGGUGCUGAGAGGCUUAAUUAAUUAAAUGGUCCUAAAAUGCUUUUAGAAGUGCGCUUGACUUCCACUUCUGCAUAAACACAGCAUAUUGAAGAAGGGUGCAACUGAGGGCAUUAUGAAAGACGCCAAAACACAAUUACAAAACUGCAAAGCUUUUCCUCAUGAAGUCAAACUUUUCCUUUUUGGGCACAGAUAAUUCUAAUUACCAUUAUCCAAACGAGAAACAGUCACUAAGGCAUCAGGAAAUGGUACAAAACAGUGCUGAAAAGGCAAUAUCUUCUAGGAGUGAAAAAUCCUGCAGAUAUUUUACCUGUAGAGGUAGGUACAUGGCCCUGCAACUUGUAAAAUGCAACAGUUUUGAAAUGGGAAGCAGGACUGAGAGCUGCCUUCAGCCUCAUGACAUGAAUGAGUGCAGUGCUUACAGAGUGCUGAGUAGUCAGAUGAGCUUUGCCUAAUCCAAACGGUGUGACAAGAGACUGCCUCAGGCCCUCCAGUCCAGCUACAUCAUUUCUAAGUCUGUAGCCCCAUUCUCUUAAUUAUUUCCCACAGAAAUAACCCCUUAGCAGCUGUCAGAGUGAGAUACCCAGACAAACUCUGCUCUCUGUCUCAAGGACAACCAGUGC